UCACCAUCAAAAACUUCACAAUCCUUUUACUCACAAAUUAAGAAAGAAAUGGAGAUGCAAAGUAACUGCGACUUGGAACUUCGUCUUCUUCCUCUUACAUAUUCUUCAAACAGCUCCGAAAUUCCACAACCAAAGCAAGAACCUCAGAUAUGUGUUUCUUCAGAUCUUAUCCAUCUCCAGGCAAAAGCUAUACUAUCACUAGCGAGUAGAGAUAAGGAAGAGAGAUCAUUGUCAUUGAAAAGUUCAGACGGCUCUGAUCCUUCAGUAAUCCCAAGCAAUAUGAAUCAAUUUCAUCAUCAAAAGGGGUCCAUGAAGAGAUCUCUUCGUAGGUUUCUUGAAAAACGGAAUGUUCGGAUUCAAGCAUCUUGUCCUUACCGCCGGUUCCCGAUUGCUCUGUUUAUUUGAUUUUCAGCAUUUUCUCAUGUUAGACAUCGAGUUAGCACCACUUUUUGUUUUGUUUUAUUAGAUCGAUGUGUUUUCUGUUGUAAUAUUGAAAGAGUUCAUGACACCAAAGACUCAACUACAGAACCCAAAAGAGAUUGGGAACAAAGCCAAGACUGAGAUAAAAACACUAAGGAUCGGAAAGAAAUGUUCAAAAAUGCUCAACGGUAAGGAGUUUGCUUUAGCUCAAAUUGGACCAUACUGGGCUAUGCAAGUUCAUUUCCAAAUUCCAACUGAGGAUGCACAUAUGCAUGAAUCCUUGGAGUCGAAGAGUCAACUAUUUACGAGAUUUGGAUUAUUUGAUUGAAUUCAUGUUAUCAUUGAAAAAAGUUUGUGGAAAUAUGAACAGUUUUAUUAAUAAGAGAAAGAAGUCAUU